AGGCGCCAGAUCCAUCAACGGCCGCCGGAGCGCAGGCCAUCAUGCCCUUCCGAGCACCAUGCCGGCAAGGAGCAGAGGAGCAAUGCCCGAGGCCAGGAACCACCAUGGUCCGGGCUGCAGCCAUACAUCAGGUGUGCCAACACGCCCCACGCGCGCCACCGCACAUCCGUCGGAGACCAAAACCGAAGCGCCGCCACGCCAACAGAAAGCAGUGAGAUCAAGACCGGCUGUAGCAGAAUCGCCACCACCCCCCACCACCUCCACAAGCACCGCCAUCCAUCUCUGCCCUAAGUCGGACGACCAUGGGCCGAUCGAAUCAUCACAUCAGCACAUCCGCAGGUCAGCCUCGCCACAGCGCCAAAACACCACACCACCGCCACCACUUGCCGGAACGACCGCAGUCCCCCAACCACCACCCUCGCCGGCCGGAGACCCGCACGGUCCAGAUCUGGUUGCCCGAACAGCCGCCACAUGGAGCCAGGAGCACUCACGACCAUCAUGCGAGGAGGGGCGAUGCGGGAGCAGCCGGAAGGUGCCGCACCCAGGCACGGGCGCCGGCCAACGAGCCGAGUCGUCACCCGCACGCGCUGGCCCAGAUCGGGCCUGCACCAUUGCCACGCAGAUGCAUCCCACCCGCGCAGCCACAGCUCCACCUCGCGCCAUGGCCGACGCCCCGAGCCGCCCCCUCCCGCCAGAGGGGAAGCCGCCGCCACCGCCCGCCUCCGAGCGGCCAGAUCUAGCACGGCCCGUCGCCCUCCUCUGGCAACGAGAUGGCCGCGAGGAUCAGCAGUUAAAGCAGCAGUGGCAAGGCAGCAGCACAAGCAGAGCAGCGGCACAACGGCAGCAUCAGGCGCGGCAGCAAAAGCAGCAGUAUGGGCAGCCGAGCGAGCGGCGUGACGGGGGCACGCGGCCGGCGCAGCACGCCCAAGCGGACGCGGCCAGGGGAAUAGGGAAUGUCUUGGGCGCGCGGGCACGGCAGGGAGGAGCCCAAGUCGCGGGCUAGGCGCGGUGAGCGCGGCCAGAGGCAAGCGGGCACGCGGAGCUCCGGGCGAACUCAAGGGCGGCGGCUAUGGCACAAAUUCUAAGGGGGGAGAAAGGGAAUUGGACGAGGGCCUCAUUGCGGUUCUUGAUGACGUGCUCGGGAGGUCGAGGGAGCGCUGAGGGAGGAGAUCCGGGGCGGGGCAGCGGCGGCUGGACGCGGGGAAGACGCCCUAUGGCGAGCGCUCGGGGCGUUCUGGCUCGGGCUCUUCGGUGUAGAUGAAGGAGACGACCGCGGGCAGCCUCCUGGACUUGGUAGUUCAGCACGGGGAGGCACGUGGCCGCGGGAUCGACGCGGCGACGGCGACGCUGCGCUUGGUUGUGUGUGGGGAGAGGAAAAUGAGCGAGGGGUCGAGGAGGACUUGUAGGUCUCCGAGAAGCGGUAGAUGGCCGGCACGUGCGGCGGGGCCGUGGGAUGGCCGCCACGGUUGCCCUGCCUCCCACGGUAGCGUAAGGAAGGAGACGCUUGGGAGGUUGGGCUAGGCCUCUAGUUUCUUUUUCAUAGUGGGCCAAAAGUGCAUAGAGCAAUUUCAGUUUUACUUUUCUGUAAAAAAGGGAUAGCUACUGUUUUCUAUUUAAAUAAGCUUUCAAACCAUUUUUGUUGCACAUGGAAUUUGUACACAAUUACCAGAGAAUAAUUUGAGCUAGGACAAAAGUUUGGGGGCAAAUGGAGUUAAAUAAAUGAUUGUUUAUUUUGAAAAGGCCAAUUUAUUUGCUGCUGGAUCACUUAUAAUAUUUAUAGGGGCAUUUUAGUAAUCCAACCAGAGUUGAUUUCUCCAUGACAAUUACUUGGGGCUUAUUUGCAAAAUCAUAAACAUUUUUGUUUGCAUGAUAGAAGAAGUAAAUAUUUGACUUGUAUUUCAAAUGGAAUUUGGCUUUGAUUUUCAUCAAGGGGCAAUUUAGUUUGAAAAACAUGACGACAUGGCAUCAUUAAAGAGGAGAUCAGUGUAGCAUGAUUUUCGGGGUGUUACACCCGCGCACAAGUAAUGGGGUACAAAAAAGGGACCCCUUCUUUUGUACACCGACAGGAAGAUUAGUAAUCCUCAAGGUUCAAUGCAACAUGACUGUAACUAGGUACAUGACUCAAGCUAUGAAAUUCUGAAACUAGCUUUUUCUAAAACUAGCGACUUAGUUUCUUUACAUAGCCAGCACUAGGUACUUGCUGGCUAGAUCAACUACAGCUAACUGCCCAAUUCUAUCUCCAAUCUACCUGUUACCUCUUUGAAAACUACAACUGAACCUUCUUCCUCUUCUUGCCCAUCUUCCCCCAACCAAACUUCUUAUUCUAAUUUUUUCUCCGUCAAGAACCAUGAAGAACAGGAACUCUGGAGUAAAUUGCACACUGUAGAAUAGAAACAUGAAGAAGAUCAAGACCUACUACAUGUGUGCUCUAGCGCCGCUGCCGGUGCAGGGGAGAUGGAGGUGCCUGCCGGCACCGCCGGUACACUGUUGCCGCACCGCUACUGGAUUGGUGGAAGAUAUCGAGCCAGGUACCCCCUGGGUCUUAUCUGGUUGGGGCCCUUUUUCCUUUUCUUCUUUUCCUUAAGUAUUUCGGCUCAGCAAUAGACAAGUGGGGCCAUCCACUGAGAACACUUUCCCCAACUAAGGCAGAAAUACAUUUUGCUUCUUCCCCACUCCAUUCGCUGUCACGCUCCCGAGAUCUGCUCUUGACAGGAAAAUCCCCAACCAUCAUUUGAUCAGCUCCAAACUAAAGGUUCCAUCCCUUCCCCCUUCCAAUCUGCCUAGGUUGUACUGCCCUCUUACAUGUUUAUCUCGUAGUUCCCUUCAAUUCUGUGUACAAGAAACACCUAUUUAGAUGGUGCUACUUUUCGCUAAUUCCUGGAAGUACAUGUUUAGAUCAUGGGAGAUGCUUUUAUUACUACUAGUGCUAUAACAAGUCCUUUUAGAAGUUUUGAUGAGUUGUUGGUUCUUACUAGUACCAUGAACUUAUGUCUCUGUCGGGAUAACUGAAAAAACAAAAAGAAAUCACAAAGAAAUGAGUGUAACUAAGAAAAGAUUUAUUUAAAGAAAAUUUUAGAACAAUUAUUUUAUUAUAUGUACAUUAAACAUUGGCAUCUCCUUCUCAAUCAUGUUCUAAAGUCAAUUUGAAGAAAUGUGUGCACAUCAGAAAAUAUGAAACUUGUCAAACUAAGCAUUUGACAUGUCAGUAUUGGAAUGAUUCGAUAUUGCACUUCUUCUCUGUGUGUUUCAUAGCGCCAACAGGUUUUGAACUGAACCUAAAUUGUUGGUUGGCCGAAAUGAGCAGAACAAGCUGAACUCAAUGAACAUUGGAUCCCUCGUAGCAUCCCCCGUUUUUUAUCCACUGGGUGCGAACGUCCGUUCAUGCUGGCCCUUCCAGGCAAUGGAACAACGAUGUACAAAGAAAAGAGAAGCAAAGCAAAUUGUACAUGCAGGAAAAAGAACCAAGGUAAUAAACAUAUGCUCUGAACUAUUCUCUUCAAACUAAAAAAAUCCUCUAAUGUGCGGUGUUUUCUUAAAAAAAAUCAUGCAGUGCAAUCAAUUUCAGCAUGUUGAAUCAUUUCUAAAUAGCUUGCAUCUGAAAUAUCUGACAAUCGCAAACAAUGUAUCGCUGGAAUGGGUUUCCAGUCAUUCCUGGAAAUAAAUAGCAUGUCCAAUAUUGACUCUAUUUACCUGUGGCUUGCAAACCAUUUCAUACUCUAUUGAACUACCAAAUGGCUUCAAAUUCCCAAUUACACCUACAACUAUUCGCAUUUUUUUGGCAUACCGAUUGGUUGAGUUCCUGUCAUCACAAAACCAUCGAAAGUAACCUAUGAGUUCAUCCAACACGAGUUAGGGACAACUGCACCAACAGUUGAGUACCUAUUCUCAAUUAUAAAUGAUGACCUUCCUGAAGAUAAAUUGUGCAGAAUCUUCAUUCUUAUACUACUAUCAUUGUUUGUUGCCCCUAAUUCAAGUGGAGUUGCUAGCAAGUUUGUGUACAUAGCAAUAGUUCACAUUGAAAGAAUUUCACAAUAUGAUUGGUGUUUGCUAUGCCUGGGCUACAUGCUUUAUUCAAUAAAAAAGCAAGAGUGAAAAACACAAGUAGCAAAGAGUUCAUUCCUGGAGGAAGCAAGUUACUUAUGGUGGUAAGACUAUUUCCCACGACAAAACUUAUUUAAUAUUUCUUUUUAUAUAUACCAUACCAAAAAAGAUUGUUGCCCCAAAUUGACAUUUCUCAUUUUUAUUCCGUCUGCAUUUUUCUUUUCAGUGCCAGAUAUCCUACUUUGAGUUCCUCAUAAUAACUAGAUUCAAGUUGCCAACCAUUGAACCAAGACUCCCACUAUGGUCAACAAACAUGCUAAAUUCAUACGUGGCACUCAAUGUGCUCCAUGGCAAAAGCAAUGAAUAUAGUAGACUACUGAUAAAGCACAUCUCCUAUACUAUAUUCAGUGAUUCAGCUUUCGUUGAACUACCUGAAGAAAUGUUAAGAGUAUAUUGAUUCCAAAUUCACAUAUAUCGGUCUAACACAAGAAGUUCUCUUGCUGCUUUUGGUAUUUUUGGAAUAAGGACAACUAUUUCUCUUACUGACAUUGUCAUUUUGAGUCUCUUUAACAUGAUAUACUUUGUCAUUAACAGGAUAAGAUCAUUCUUCAAAUGAAAGCUCAAGAAUUCUACAGAAAUAUCAUUUGGAACUCAACACCUACCUUGAAGACCUAUGUCGAUGAUAUGCAUUCUUCAUUUCUGAAGAUCGGGACGUCUUCCAGCAACCCAAAUCUCCAAUUCAAAUCAGCUAUUUCAAAAAACACAUUCAAAGUUCCUAGGACUAAACAAUUGUUGGCUAUACAAUCACCUCCAAAUUGUCCAAUGCUACAUGUUCCAACAAUCAUUGAUGAAGAUAAACGAGUAACCAUAGAUGAAAUUUUUCAAGAAUUGGUCAAUGAUUUCCCUCGGUCUAUCAUAUAUAUAUAUAUAUUUCCCUAAUAAUAAACCAGCGAUUGUUUCUGGUCGUCCGUCAUUGGGCUUUUUUGCAAAAAAAGUCCCCCCGUUCUGAUAAAUUGACCUGCAGUCCUACUUAAAAUGUGGAUAACGUUUCGUUUUUUUUGCAAAAAAAACCCUGCCACCCCAGCCCGUACGAGAACACGAGGGCCGCGCCCCAUCCCUCCACCGCCGCGCCCCCGUCCCUCUGCUCGCCGCCGCGCCACCGUCCCUCUGCUCGCCGCCACGCGCCCCGUCCCUCCGACGCCGCGCCCCCGUCAAUCCUCUCCUUGGUGCCCGUCCUCGCUCCGCCGUCGCCGAAUCUGGACGAGAUCGCGAGAAUCCGCCGCAUCUCGCGCAGCUGCUCGUCGGCCAUGCGGGGAGGAUGAACGAGCUGCUCGUCGGACAUGCAGGGAGCACGGACGAGCUGCUCAUCGGCGUCCGUCCCACAGCCCCGCUGAAGACGGCGCCCAGCCCCCUCGACGGCGCACUCCUCCUACUUGCCGCCCGGGUGCAAACAGCGACAGCGAGUAGGCGGCAAGUAUACUGCACCGAGAAACGAUACAGGGGCAUGAAGCAAGCGAGCAGGUGUGCGCGGCGACCUGCUACUGCACUAAUAGUAGCCUUGACGGAGCACCGAGGCCGGCUCGACAGGGCAUGCCCCCCGCCGGUAGACGCUUGAUUGUGUGAGUCGGAGAUGAACCCCGCGUCGUCGCCUCUGCAGCCUGGACAGAGCUCCGCCGGUGCUGGAGAUGAAGCCUGCGUUUGUGAUGGUGAUGACGCUCUCUAUCUACUUUCUCCACUGGCUAUAAGGGAGUAAAGAUCACAUCGUGGAUGUGUUUUUCUUCAGAGAUGUGGCCCUGUCGUUGUUGGUUGUCGAAUUUGCGAUGUAAUCCGUCCCUAUACUCUCUCGCACAUGAGCAGAACAGAGCAGCGGCUGCAAUUUACCCGUUGAUUUCUUGGAGUGAUUCAAACCUAGGAAGCCUGCUACUUGUGCAAGCAACAGGGUAACAAGUUUCAGUUUUCUUACUGAUGCACCUCAAUUUGCAAGGUUAGAACAAUGUCAGUUUACUUUAUGUUGGUUUUCUAAUUUCAACAUAUUCCCUCAAGCAAAUCUAAUUAUCUAGAUAGUACGGAAAGCAGGCAAAUUACGUAACUAUUUGGGUGUACUCAUGCUCUGCUAUGUCAGAUUGAGGAGAAAGAAUUUUUUUAUUCACCAUCCUAUUUUUUAUCUAUAAUGAUGAUCACUUUUUCCAUCUUGUGAUCUUCUUUGCUCCAGUUGUGCGAAUACUUUGUUUGCACUUUAGUGGGACUGAAAUUUUCCUGCUACCAUGUGUCAUGGUAGUAGGCUGCUGCGGCAAAAAACUGGUAAGCCCCCUAACGGAAGAAAAUUGAAAAAAGUCUCAUCCUGCUUACCAUGUUUUAUCUUAAAAUUUUGGCUUGAAUUUUUUUUCUGUAUAACCUACAUCUCUGCAUGGUUACUUUCUCCACACAUGCUUUAGCUGCAGCAUUGGUCAAGUGGCUUGAACACAACUCACAUGAGUCAUCGCCAAAUGGCCCUUUUCUGAAAUUCAUUCUCUUAUGCACUGAGAGAGGAGUUACUCCAUGACAGUAUGUAUACAUACAGAUGCAAGCAAUGGAGAAACUCAUGCAGAUGAUGACUGAACAAUUUUUCAUGAAUUUUCCAACCUGAAUUGGUUACAGAGGUUGGGAAAAGAGGAGUCUAGGCUCUGAUGAACACAUGUUCUUUCGCAGGUGACUAACAGUUGGCACCUCCAUCUUUACAUUACAUCAGGCCAGCGCUACAAAGCCCAUAAACCAAUUCAACUAGACCAGGACUAUGUUUAUUAGUCCUCCAGUGUUUAUUGGAAUUAGAUGACACAUGGUAUGCCAGCUAACAAGCAACUGAAGCAAGAAGAUUUUUGUAAUUUCUUGGAAAGAAUGAGCCCCUGAACCUAGGAUGGCGAAGGAUCCAAUAUGUCAAGACCAAUGAGGGAAUUGCAGAGCUUCAUAUUCAGUUUAUUUUAGGUGCUUGCCUACUUCAAGUGUCUAGAUUACAGGAAACAUGUUUCUUCAAGUGUCUACUUGAAGCUUGCCCUUACCAUUUACCAUGUGGUGACUUGCCGGAGGAGCCGGUGGUGCUGCUGCGAUCUUCUGCAGGUGAUGGUCAAUGAUGCAAGCUAAAACCGGGGAUGGGAUAGCGGCUCCGGGCGACAAUCAGAGGCGAGGCAGCGCUGCAGACCAAGGACAAAGUGCUGCACCGGGGCGACGGCAUGGGGCGAGGAAGAAGCGGCGGAUGGGGCUGCGCAUGGGGGAGUUGAGGCGACGGCUUGGUUCAGUGCACGGGAUCGUAUUAACUCUGUUUUCUCCUAGAUACAUGCGCUGGUAUAGUUUCUCCGUGGGAUUACCAAACGAUUCUCUCUCCUCCUUGAUUAAGAUGUCACAUCAGUUUUCUGCUUACAUGGCAGGAUUAGCACCCGUCCAGGGUGGAGCACUGGGAGCAGCCUUAUAGAAGUAAUGCAAUAUAUUCUCUCUUAUGCCUACUUGAAAUACUGUUGUGGGUCUGUACUUUGCCUCUCAUAUUGCAAGGAUAACACAUUGUAUGCCUAUUCUCUUAACUGUAGUAAGGAUGAAGCAGGAAAGUGUGCUGGACCUUCUAACAUGGAUAUUGUAUAUGUAUGAGCUACGGGCCACUAUUGUUUAUCAUAUGGAUUGUAAAUUUAGUGACACUGAAGUUUGUAACAUAUCCUUAAAUUUCUUUAUUGUAACAUUAUGUUAACUAAAAA